AUGAAGCUCAUGCCUUUUGGUUCUCAAGGGUUUACGAAGCGCCUGCUUUCAUACCUGUCUUGGUAUGAGAGUGGAAUGGAACAGUGGUGCUGUGAAAUGGACGGGAUCUUCAAACGAAAAUCCCCGAGGGUGGAGUGGAAUGAGGAUACCGUGAAGGAUCUGGAGAUCGAGUUUGCUCCCGUGUCCGACAAUACUAGCGAGUUCACACGAACUGAGCUCCGCAGCAAGAUCCCCCAGAGAUACUUUCAUGUGAAGCUUACAUUCCGGUGGAACGGUGAGGAGUCCCAGUACCUUCGCGUCGAUGACGGUGUGGUACCCUACGUUCACCCUCCUCCCCCUCAGAAGGGUGGUCGUACUGGGUCCCAGAAUUUAUCCCGCUACGGCAGUCAGUAUGUAUACGCAUCGCUUUCUCGCGUGCUCGACCACAUUGUCAACGAGGAUGCGGCUCGCGGAUACAGUGUCUUCCCUGGAGAACACAGGAUGCCCAGUAUAGAGGAUUAG